AUGUCUCUCCCCGGCUCUCCUCCGCUCCUGUCGCCGAGUUGCGGCGCACCGACCUCGGCGUCACUUUAUCGCUCGGAGCCGCUCUACACCACCACCACCACCACCAGCAGCAGCCCCGCGCAGUCCCACUCGCCGUCUCCGCGGCUCACCGGCGGGAUGCUCAGCCCAUUCCUGUCCGGGCCGACGGCCACCUUGGGCGCGCUCGGCCCGCUGGGGCUGACCUCGCUGAACCCAGCCAGCCUGGCCGCCGCCGGCUCGCCCGGGUUGACGCAGCUCUCUGCCCCGCACCCGGGCGCGAAUUUGACGGGCGAGUGUAAACUCGUCGAGGUGCACGGCGUCAAGGUGGCGAGUUUCGACGUGGACGGCCGGGAGUUGAUUUGCCUGCCCCAAGUGUUCGACCUGUUCCUGAAACACCUGGUCGGCGGGCUGCACACCGUCUACACCAAGCUGAAGCGGCUGGACAUAACCCCGGUGGUGUGCACGGUGGAGCAAGUGCGCGUGCUGCGGGGGCUCGGGGCCAUCCAGCCCGGCGUGAACCGGUGCAAGCUGAUCUCGCGCAAGGACUUCGAGACCCUGUACAACGACUGCACGAGCGCCAGCUCUCGCCCAGGCCGCCCUCCGAAGCGCUGUUCUGGGGGUGGGCUCCAGGAAAGCCCCAGGCUCCUCCACCCGGGCCUCCCCGGCCUUCUGUCCCCAAAUCUGCUCUCACACUCUGGACUGACGGCAGCUGCCAUGGCUGAGCUCCAGAAGCUGCAAAAGAUGAAGAUGAUGAUGAGUCUGCAGAACGGCAAUGAGUCGGACAACGAUGACAUACACUCCAACGCGGGUGGAAGUGAGUGUUCCUGGGAUAAGGAGCGUAUGACCAGCCCCCCAUCCGGAGCCCACAGCGGAGCUGGUGGGGGAGGAGGUGGGGGAGGAGGGAGGGGGCCGGCAAUGGGAGCUGUCAAUCAACAACAGUUACAGCAGCAACAGCUACUAGCUAACAGGUUGGACCUGCCCUUCAUGAUGAUGCCCCACCCCUUGCUUCCAGUGGGGUUGCCCCCUGCAUCUGUGGCCAUGGCGAUGUCUCAGUUACCGCCGGCGUCCGUAGCCAUGGCGAUGUCCCAGAUGAACCACCUCAGCACCAUCGCCAAUAUGGCCGCGGCGGCGCAGCAGAUACACGGUCACACACACCGCGCACCUGUCAUCAAGGAACGUGUGUGUGACAGUCCAUCUCCUACUCCCUCAGUGGAUGAAAGUAACACUCCUCUGCAGUCUCAGCCCAGCAGCUCUGCCUCCAGCUCCCCAGAAAGACUAGGACUAGCCUCAGCUGAUGCAGAUGUUGCACUGACCAACCCUGCUGUCCCCAUCAAGAAAAUCACCAAGGACAAAGAAGACUCCCCUUUGGUCCAGCCCACAGCAAAGCCAGGAUUUGAUAGGCUGCCCUCCGGACAAGCCCUGCCCCCUGGCUUCCCUCCGCCAUUCCUAUUUGCUGAUGGCCUGUCAUCAGUGGAGACACUGCUAACCAACAUACAGGGCCUGUUGAAGGUGGCUGUGGAGAACGCCCGUGUGCAGGACAAGCAGAUCCAAGCGGAGAAGAGAGAGCUAAAGAUGGAGCUCUACAGAGAGCGAGAGAUGAGAGAGAGCCUAGAGCGACAGCUAACCUCUGAACUACAGAGCCGAGCCUCCAUCCAGAAGCGUCUGAAGAAGGAGAAGAAGGCCAAGAGGAAGCUGCAGGAGGCCCUGGAGUUCGAGUCCAAGAGGAGGGAGAGAGUGGAGGAUGCUCUCAAGCACUCCUCCUCCUCCUCCCCCUCCCCUGAACUGCUGCACGCCGCUAGCAACAAUAGAGACAACAAUAAUGACACUGCUGUAGCUGCGGAUAAACCUGAACUUAAUGGAAACCAGCAAGACAACCCCGCUGUACAAGAGUCCCGGCCGUUUCUGAAGACCCCACUGAUGUUUUAG